AUGCCUGCCGAAGCUACAGUCCAAGCGGACGUUGGUCCCGGCGAUGAGACUGGCAUCUACUACAUUACCAUUUGCAACUUACCAUUCGCAACCUCGUGGCAGGAGUUGAAAGAUUGGACACGUACGGCAUGCGUAGUGGACCAUAUCGAGGUCUUCCAGAGCAGUACCUCAGGAUGGGUCCGAGUCCGGGGAAGAGAUAACUUUGAAAGGGCAUGGGCCCUUCUCAACGGUGGUGUUUUCAAAGGUCGCUCGAUCAUUGCGUCCGACAGAAACCGUGAGCAUUCUAUCAAAAUCAAGGAGCUUGCUACACCACCGCAAGCUGUCAUUUCACAGACACUGCAGUAUCAAGCCACACCUCCCAGCCCCUAUUUCCUGCCAACUCCGAUGGCUAUGUCUCCGCAGUAUUCUGCUGCACCUGGGCAGUACUACAUAGCUAGUUACCCUCCGGGCAACAGCCCCCGAUUCACCACUCAGUCUUUCUCGAACCCAAGCUACUCCCAGCAGCUACCAGUUACAGUAACCACAAACACUCCAGCAACUUAUGUGGCUGCCAGCCCGGGGAGCUACUACACAUACAAUGAUACCGGUACUCGGUUAUUUCCCCCAAAACCAGGUGCAGUCUCGUACUCUCCACAAUACCAACACGAAGGAAGCCAGCUUGCUCUUCCUUAUCGAGGUAUUAGUGAGCAUCCAGGGUACUACCCGAAUUGUAGCUUCUCCAGCGGCGAGCCAUCCUAUAGGUCGGAAUACGCGGUACCGGAAACACGCAAGCUAUGUGUGUCGCCAUUCCCGCAACAAGCGGAAGCCGAUGAAGUCAAAUCUUGGGUUCGGCGCAAAGUGGACAAGGACAAGAUCGAAUCCAUCGAGAUACCCAAGAACAGCGACAGCAAUUACCUCAGGGGCUACAUCUUGGUCGUUUUUGAAAACGUCGCGGCAGCGAAUAUUGCGAUGGAGCAGUUCAACAAAGCACGUUUCCAAGGCAGAAGAAUGAUAGCGCGACCCACUCGAGAGGAUGUAGAGGUGGAAGGGCUUGGGGAGCCCAGCGUUUCGCAUGAAUCGUCGAACUGGGCCGACUCUGAGAGGAGCGAGGCAAAUGUACCAACUGCUCCAUCCCGCAGGAGAGAUGAUGGCCGAAGACGGAACGAGAAGUCCCAAAGGUCAAAGAACAAAGGGACUAAGCCAACGGGAUCUGAUAAAAAGAAGGCAACAGAAAAGAAGUCGUCUUCAAGCAGGAAAUCUUCGGGGUCGCAAGUGGAUAAAAAGUUGUCGUCGAAAAAGGCAUCCGCCGAAAAGGAGAUCAGCGUCAAGGAUGAAAAGCUGGUCAUCGUUGAUGGAACCUCCCAUCAUCAUGACAAGCACUGAUGUCCUGGAUAGAACGAAAACGAACGAUUCAAACCUUUCAGCGUAUGUCUAUCAAUAAAUGUCAGGGGCUGCUUAACAACAAGUGACGGACAGGCCAGAGCUGGAAUUUGUGACCACUCCAACAAAGUACAAAGAGUUGAAUUGUCAUUGUUGCCGUUACGUUUGUCCCUAACUGAAGACCACAUGGGCAUGUUCUACUGCGUGACUAGCAAGCACUAAAGUCUGACGCAAGGUCAAAGAGCUGCAUGUCAGUGAAAUCUUUGUCACUUGGGUCUACUAUAGGAAACGUCACAGCCCAAAUCAUUAAUCCUUGCAAAGGCCGUGCAUCCUCAAGGAUCAGAUAAUGUCUAGCCCAG